UAAAAAUUAAUAAAAGAAGAAAGAGCGAAUUUCCCGAUUGAGAUGGCAGUCGGCGAUUGAAAAAAGAAAAAAGAAAAAAACUAAAACGCACUCUCUUCUCUCGUAUUAUGGUAUUGCUAUUCUUUCUUUACAGAGAGAAAGAAAACAAUAGAGAUCUGAGUCAUAAAAUUGAAUAAAAAGUCAAUUAAUAAAUUAAGAUCCAGCAAAGAUAGCACCAGUUUUCUCUUCUUCAGCACUGAUAAAAGUUGAGCGUAUGGUGGUAAUGGAGAAAAUAGAAAGGUGGUUAGAUAAUAUUCCCGCUAUGGAUCUGAUGCGUUCUGAGAAGAUGACUUUUGUCCAACUCAUCAUCCCUGUUGAGUCUGCUCACCGUGCCAUCUCUUAUCUCGGCGAACUCGGCCUUCUCCAAUUCCGCGAUUUAAAUGCUGAUAAAAGCCCUUUCCAGAGAACAUUUGUUAAUCAGGUAAAGCGCUGCGGAGAGAUGUCAAGAAAGCUACGAUUUUUCAAAGAUCAAAUCAAUAAAGCUGGUUUAUUAUCUUCUACACUUCCUGUUGUGGAACCAGAUGUUGAGCUAGAGGAAUUAGAGUUACAACUUGCUGAACAUGAACACGAGCUAAUGGAGAUGAACUCCAACAGUGAGAAACUUCAAAGAUCAUACAAUGAGCUCUUAGAGUUCAAAAUGGUGUUGCAAAAGGCAGUUGCCUUUCUUGUAUCAAGUAAUAGUCAUGCAGUUGCGGAGGACAGAGAAUUGAACGAAAAUGUGUAUUCAAACAAUGAUUAUGGUGACACAGCAUCAUUACUUGAACAGGAACUGAGGUCUGCACCAUCAAAUCAAUCUGGUUUGAGGUUUAUCAGUGGCAUUAUACCUAGAUCCAAAGUUCUGAGAUUUGAGAGGAUGUUGUUUCGCGCUACAAGGGGCAAUAUGCUUUUCAACCAGGCACCAGCUGAUGAAGAGAUUAUGGAUCCUGUGUCAGCUGAAAUGGUUGAAAAGACUGUAUUUGUAGUUUUCUUUUCGGGGGAGCAGGCAAGAACAAAAAUUCUAAAAAUUUGUGAAGCGUUUGGGGCAAAUUGCUAUCCUGUCACUGAAGAUAUAACGAAACAGAGGCAAAUAACUAGAGAAGUUUUGUCACGUCUUUCCGAAUUGGAAGCCACUUUGGAUGCCGGAAAUCGCCACAGAAAUAAAGCCCUUGCUUCCAUUGGUUUCCAUCUAACAAAAUGGAUGAAAGUGGUUAGGAGGGAGAAAGCUGUAUAUGAUACAUUGAAUAUGCUUAAUUUUGAUGUUACCAAAAAAUGUCUUGUUGGAGAGGGCUGGUGCCCUAUGUUUGCGAAAGCUCAGAUCCAGGAGGCGCUACAACGAGCGACAUUUGAUAGCAAUUCACAAGUGGGCAUAAUUUUUCAUGUGACGGAAGCUCUGGAAUCACCUCCUACAUAUUUCAGAACAAAUCGUUUUACAAAUGCAUUUCAGGAAAUUGUUGAUGCAUAUGGUGUUGCUAGAUAUCAAGAAGCAAAUCCUGCUGUUUAUACAGUUAUUACCUUUCCAUUUCUUUUUGCGGUAAUGUUUGGGGAUUGGGGCCAUGGAAUAUGCUUGCUGAUUGGUGCGUUAGUCCUUAUAGCUCGGGAAAGUAAGCUCGGUUCUCAGAAACUUGGAAGCUUCAUGGAGAUGCUUUUUGGUGGACGCUAUGUACUCCUUUUGAUGGCUUUUUUUUCAAUCUACUGUGGACUGAUUUACAAUGAGUUCUUUUCUGUUCCUUUUCACAUAUUUGGGGGAUCUGCUUACAGAUGCCGAGACACCACUUGCAGCGAUGCACACACGGUUGGUUUAAUCAAAUACCAAGAUCCAUACCCAUUUGGUGUGGAUCCCAGUUGGCGUGGAAGUCGUUCAGAACUGCCCUUUUUAAACUCUCUCAAAAUGAAGAUGUCAAUAUUGUUGGGUGUGGCGCAGAUGAAUGUGGGAAUCCUAUUAAGUUAUUUCAAUGCACGCUUUUUUGGCAGCUCACUAGAUAUAAGGUAUCAGUUUGUGCCACAGAUAAUCUUCCUGAACUGCCUUUUUGGGUAUCUUUCGCUCCUCAUCAUCAUCAAAUGGUGCUCUGGUUCACAGGCGGACCUUUACCAUGUGAUGAUUUACAUGUUUUUAAGUCCUACUGAUGACCUUGGUGAGAACCAGUUGUUUUGGGGCCAGAGACCAUUACAGAUCAUAUUGUUGCUUUUGGCUGUAGUUGCAGUUCCAUGGAUGCUGUUUCCUAAACCAUUUAUUUUGAAGAAGCUUAAUACGGAGAGAUUUCAAGGUCGCACCUAUGGGCUUCUUGGCACCUCUGAGGUUGAUCUUGAUAUGGAGCCUGGUUCUGCGCGAUCACAUCAUGAUGAUUUUAAUUUCAGUGAGGUGUUUGUACACCAAAUGAUACACUCCAUAGAAUUUGUGCUUGGUGCAGUCUCAAAUACAGCAUCUUACCUUCGGCUCUGGGCUUUGAGCUUGGCUCAUUCGGAGUUGUCAACUGUUUUCUAUGAGAAAGUCCUCCUCCUUGCUUGGGGGUAUGACAUUCUUGCUGUCCGGUUAGUGGGGCUUGCAGUCUUUGCUUUCGCCACUGCCUUCAUUCUACUGAUGAUGGAGACGCUCAGUGCAUUCCUACAUGCCUUGCGUCUUCAUUGGGUAGAAUUCCAAAAUAAGUUCUACUAUGGCGAUGGUUACAAAUUCAAGCCUUUCUCAUUUUCCAUGAUAACCGACGAUGAGGAUUAGUUGACUUGCAUAUAUUUUUGUUUUUGGUUUGUGCAUGAAGAGGCAGGGAUUCUUUCAACAGUAGAAAACCAUUUACAAUGGGACUGAUUGGACCGGCAGAGGUUAGCGCCUUUUUGCUCUGACAUUAAGCUACACCGGGUUUAACUUUGAAAUGUGACAUACUGACUUAUAAUUCUUUGGGUACUCUGGUAUAUAUAAGGGUUUGCUUACAGCCAUGGCAAGCCAAUAGAUGUUGUAUUCUUCCUGGAGAAAGGGAUAAAGAGGGCCUUCUUCUUCUUCUUCUUGUUUUCUUUUUUGGUUAAAUUGUUACAUCUUUUUCUCUUUGAAGGAGUUGGUGGAUACGGGAGAGGUAGUGGAAAUCAAUUGUAAAGAGGGAGGAGAAUCUAAAUACACAUUGUAGCUUUUUUUUUCUUUUUUCCUGGAUAGAAUUAUGGGGAGGUAGAUUAUAAAACUGUACGCACAAGUUGUGGAUUUUGCAGGGAUUGGAGCCUUCUGUUUAACUUCGUACCUUGAUGUUCUGAGGAAUCACACAUAGUUCUUUUAAUCCGAUUUUGUAAACCAUCAUUCUAUAGAAUUAUAAAGAUAACGAAUGGGUUUCACUCUUUCAA